AUGCUGCUUUUACAUUGGGUGGCCGAUGGUUCCGCGCUGAGCUGGUCAAGGCUUCGGACGUUGACCAUACGGGUGCACGGUGGCCCGAUUGAAUCUAAGGUGGAGCCUGCGGCCAAGGCCGAGUUGACUGCCAAUCAGGUUCAGGACAGCAUGUCGGUCGGGGCCGUGGACAGCCCGGCCGAUGACGCCCGCACUUUGGCGGUGGACUUCGAUGAGCAGGGCGAGCGGUUCAAGGAGUGGCGCUUGGUGGUGGCUGAGAGUAGAGAGUAUAGUUACCGUGAUUGGCCUUGGGAGGGCCCUCUCACAGUUCAGUACAUUCUCAAACAGACCCUCAAGCAGGGGGGAAACCCCAAGCAGUGGCUAUUACUUUGGGCACGUGCAAAGGGAGUGCAAGAGAACGACAGAGUGAUGCACGAACUCCGCACCAUCACUGAGGCCCUGUACCAAGGGGGCGUGUACGACCAACUGAAUAUGGCCUGUCUUUCAAGCUUCGAGGUGCUUUGCAGGCGCUUGGCUAGUAUAGUAGACGCGUAUUCAGCUGGGAGUGCUAGCGGCCCUGAUUGGGGAGCGGCUCGCUACAUAACCAAUCUUCGGGGGCCUGAAGACAUUGUGGCCCCCCAGCUUCGAAACUGGGCGGCCAAGCGUGGCAAAGAUGAUGUGGAGCUUGCAAAUGCCAGAGCCAAAAUCAAAGAUCAUCGCCGUCUUCUACCUCCGGAUGGUGAGGACGGUGACCCGGCUACAGGUUCAACAGAUGCGGGCGCGAAGGCCAAACCCGGCAAGGGCCGUGGCCGCGGUGGCAACGCUCCACCUGUUGCAGUGCCUGCUUCUGCUCAGGAGGAGGUUUUUCUGCGCGUUGAGAAUUUGGCCCAGGAUGUUGCCAAACCACGUGACGUGGGCGACGUCCUCAAACCUGAGGCAGCCUUACUUGCGCUGCUCAAAGGCCGGGGGGAGUGUCAGGCUCCUGCUGAGCCAGUAACUUUGGCGCCGUUCUGCCUCGAGCGCGUGUCCCUGCCAGAGAGCUUGUCGGGGGUCCCCCCUGCUGGCGCCAAUCUGCCGGAGCACGCCCGUCGAUUUUUGGACAGGCCCGAGCUUAUGCUGAAGGAGGACCCGCCUAUCGA